GUUAAGUCUCCAAACCUUAGCUUAAGCGCCUUCCGCCACCGCCCAUCGCUGGCCCUUGAACGCCGCUACCGCCCACCGCUGGCCCUUCAACGCCGCCACCGCCACCCGACUAUCCUCCUCCUAAAAUGUGCCGCUUCUCUCACCAUGAGCCAGCUCCUCCAACUACACGCCCGCCUCAUCACCUCCCCUCCUCCCCCCGAGGCCGUCGACCCCAACCUCGUCGCCGUCAAGCUCAUCUGCGCUGCCGCCGAACGGUCCGACCCCCGCCACGCCGCCCUCGUCUUCCACGUCCUGCGCGAACCCAACAUCGUCGCCUGGAACUCCCUCCUCCGCGCUCUCGCCCUCCACCGCCUCCACCCGGCCGCUCUCCACCACUUCCGCCGCCUCCUCGCUUCCGGCUCCCCCGCCCCCGACGAGUUCACUUUCACCUCGGUCCUUAAGGCCUGCGCUGGUCUUCUCGCCCGUUCGGACGGCGAGAUGGCGCACGCCCUCGUCCUCAGGCGUGGCUUCGCCAGCAACGUCUUCGUCGGCAACUCCCUCAUCGAUAUGUACUUCAAGUUCGGCCGACCUGAUAAUGCUCAAUCCCUGUUCGACGAAAUGCUCACAAGGGACGUCGUCACCUGGAACAGCCUCUUGUCAGGAUACUGCUCCCGCGGCCAUUUAACCACGGCGAGGAGAGUGUUCGACGAAAUGCCCGAGAGAAGCAUGAUUUCAUUGUCCGCGAUGAUCACAGGCUACGCUCAGACAGGCAACUUGGACGCAGCCCGUGAGAUAUUCGACGAGGCAAUUGAUACAAACGUUGGCUGCUGGAAUGCCAUGAUUUCGGGAUAUGCUCAGAACCAGAAGUUCUCAAAGGCCAUCGCACUCUUUCGCCAGAUGCUCAACUCACACUCAGUGGAACCCAAUGAAGUCACACUUGUGAGUGUCCUCUCAGCCUGCGCUCACUCAGGUGCCCUCAACUACGGGAGGUGCAUCGACCGAUUCAUCGAGACGAAAUCGAUGAGGUUAAGCCUCUUCCUUGGCAAUGCACUAGCAGACAUGUAUGCCAAGUGUGGAUGUAUCGCCGAGGCCAAAGCAGUGUUUGGCAAAAUGAAGGAAAGGGAUGUCAUAUCUUGGAACACGAUCAUCACUGCCUUGGCCAUGCAUGGCCAUUCAGAGGAGGCAAUCUCAAUGUUCCACAAGAUGUUGGAUCGAAGUUUAAGGCCUAAUGACAUUACUUUCAUGGGAAUUUUAUCAGCCUGCACUCAUGCUGGUCUGGUGGAUGCCGGGCUUCGGUAUUUCGAUACGAUGAUCAAGGUGUUUGAAGUUUUGCCGCAGGUCGAACACUAUGGAUGCAUAGUGGAUCUUCUCAGUCGAUCUGGGCGGCUUGAUGAAGCAGAGGAUUUGGUUUAUUCGAUGCGGGUGGCACCAAAUGAAAUUGUCUGGGGUGCUUUGUUGGGUGGUUGCAAGAUCUACAAGGACACAAGCAGAGGCGAACGGGUAGUUCAGCGCAUACUCGAGUUAGACCCUAAGCACACCGGCAGCUAUGUGUAUCUGGCAAAUUUAUACGAUAGGAUGGGUAGAUUUGAUGAUGCGGCAAAGUUAAGUUCGAUGAUGCGAAAUAAUGGAGUGGUAAAGACUCCCGGCUGCAGUUGGAUUGAGGUCGAUAACACGGUACAUGAGUUCCUCAUGGGCGAUCAUUCUCACCCGCAAACCGAAAAGAUUUACGCAAUGGUUAGCACAUUGAGUGUUAGAAUGAAGCUAGUGGGGUAUGCGCCCGACACAACGUUAGUAACUCAAAGGAUAGACGAGGAGGAGAAGGAGAAUGCACUCUCGAUGCACAGCGAGAAGUUAGCAGUAGCUUUCGGGCUCAUCAGCACGAAGGAUCACAGCACCAUCCGUGUCGUGAAAAAUUUGCGGGUUUGUGAUGAUUGCCAUCAGGCAAUGAAGGUUAUUUCAAAGAUUGUCGCGCGGGAGAUCGUCUUGCGUGAUCGAAGCCGAUUCCACCAUUUCAAAGAGGGGCAAUGCUCUUGUAAAGACUACUGGUAGUUGUCCAAAAGUUGAGAUCAAUUCAGCCUCUGAAUGAGAUAGGCCACUUAUUAAGUAUUUAAAAAUAUUUUACCUUAAUUUUAAAAUAUUUAUUUUUUAAAAAAGUAAUUUAUUAGACACUAAAACUAUUUUUUUAGAUAAAAUUA